AUGGGGACAGUAUCUGACAGUUGUUGCUGCCGAGGCACGCUGCUUCAGUCCCAGCAGCGGGUCUUUCAGAGGGCACAGGAUCCUAACAGAAGUCGCGCUCAACCUUUUCUUCUUCACAAUUUACACCGAAACACAUAAAUGACCAUGGGGAAAGGCUGCAUGACAGCGAGCAAGUACUUCUUGUUCUUCUUCAACCUCAUCUUCUUUCUGUUUGGGGCCGUCAUCGUUGGCUUUGGAUUUUGGAUUCUCCUGGACAAUCAGACUUUCAUCGUUGCCCUGAAAAACUCCACAGAUGUGAAGUUGGCAUGCUACAUUUUGAUAGGAGUUGGAGCUUUCCCCAUUCUCAUAAGCUUCUUCGGUUGCUUGGGGGCCAUUUAUGAGGUCCGCUCUCUGCUGAGCCUGUACUUCAGCGUCAUCCUGCUCAUCCUCAUCACUCAGUUUGCAGCUGGUGCCCUCAUCUACUUUCAGAAGGAUGUGGUCAACGAGCAGAUCUCCAAGGUCAUCACUAAGGUACUGGACAAAUACUCUGGGAACAGUUCAAUCACAGAGCAGGCCUGGGACUUCAUCCAGACUAACAUGGAGUGUUGUGGCUGGAUUGAUCGUACAGAUUGGAGUGGUAACAUGGUCAUCGUCAACAGCUCGCAGCUGCUGUUUCCCUGCUCCUGCCAGAACAUCUCACUUAUUUCUGGAAACUUCUCUGACAGUGGAUUCUGUGAGGCUAAGACACCUGACUGGCCUGUAUACGAUGUGGGAUGUGCCGCCAGCGUGGAGAGGUGGCUCCUCACCAACAUUGGGGUUGUGUUAGGCAUUUGCCUUGGAGUGACUCUUCUUGAGCUGCUGGGGAUGAUCCUGUCCAUCUGCCUGUGCAGGAACGUCCACAUGGAGGAUUAUACCAAAGUGCCAAAAUACUGAAGCUCAGCGGAGGAAGUUACAUUACUGAACUCAAGAAACACACAAAUAGGGAGCAAAGUAUUUGGCGAAAUUGUAUCCAAGGGUAAUAAUGAAAUAUGUCUAUUUUUUUCCUUAGAUUUCAUUCGAUUUUAUCCUCUAAGGCUUUUUGUCAGUCUGGUUUUAUUUUAAAAACUUAUAGUUUUGAACUUUGGAUCAAAGCGCAAAGCUGAAAAAUGCUGAGAGGACACUGGGUUAGAGGAGAUUAAUAAAGAAAGGUGUCGUACUGGAGGAUUUCUUUCCCUGCCAGUGUUGCUGGUUUCCACAGUGCCAACUUGCUGCUGCAUGCUUUUAGUUUCCCUUGAAAAUCUGAAAGUAAACCAUCUGUGCAUCUGUAAUAGUGAAGUGAAAAUGGAUUCACCUUUCCUUUGGAGGCAUUAAUUAGCAAAAUUAACCAUUGAAAUUUCAAAAUUUUAAAACUUUCCAGUUUGGCCAUCAUGUUCGUUUUAGGUAAACAGCUGUGAGAAAUUCAACCAAUGGAAUCAUUUCAGAGAUUUUACCCUUUAUGGUUAAUCAUUCCAAUGCUUUUGACAAUAUACUGUAAAAGACUGAAUUUCGAAUGAAACACAAACUAUUGUUAGCAAAUCAUUCACAAAAAUAUAUAUACAUGUAUCUCACAUGAUGGCCAUUUGAAAAAGAAAAAGAGAAAAAGGAAUUCCUGUGUUUGUAUCUACUUCUAAUGAUAAGAUGCCUGCAGCACUGUAAAAAUGUCGAGAAAAGCAAAGUUUUGACGACUCUGGAAAGUCCACUCGGUGGAUGUUUUGUUUUAUUUUUAUAUGCCAGUGUUUUGAGUUAUUGUGUAAAGUUAUAGUAGUUUGUCUGGAAUUUAAGUGUUUAUUUGUAAGAAUUUGAGUCCCCAAAGUAUUCCUUCCAGUAUUUUCUAUGGCAGCAGGUCUCUCCUUCAAUUUUUAAACGAUGUUCUUUCCCAUUCUCCUAAUUGCUUUUAAGUCUGAAAAUAAUAAAGGAAAUAAUAAGGUACUAAAAAGAUACUUGUCUUCUAAA